CUCUUUUCCAGAUCACAACAUGGCUCUCAAGCGUAUUAACAAGGAACUCACUGAUCUCGGCCGGGAUCCCCCCUCUUCCUGCUCUGCUGGCCCUACCGGAGAUGACCUGUUCCACUGGCAAGCAACUAUCAUGGGUCCUGGUGACUCCCCAUACUCGGGAGGCGUUUUCUUCUUGAACAUUCACUUCCCCACCGACUACCCAUUCAAGCCCCCGAAGGUCAAUUUCACCACCCGCAUCUACCACCCCAACAUCAACUCGAACGGCAGCAUCUGUCUUGACAUUCUCAGAGACCAAUGGAGCCCUGCUCUUACGAUCUCCAAGGUGCUACUUUCGAUUUGCUCGAUGCUCACCGAUCCCAACCCCGACGAUCCGUUGGUGCCCGAGAUUGCUCACGUGUACAAGACCGACCGCCCUCGGUACGAGGCGACCGCGCGUGAAUGGACUCGCAAAUACGCUAUCUGAUCUUCGCAAUUCAAGUUUCCACGGCCACCUUGGUCUUCCCACUCGCUUCUGCGUCUUCUUUCCAAAUCGUUAGAUCAGAUCCGAAGCCUGGCGUACCGUGAUCGUAGAUCCUUUCCUUUUUUCAGUUUGCGCGUCUGAUUCCCCUUUACCUCAAACCCCUUAUUUCACUUUCUCUUGGCGGGAAAUGUCAUAUUCAACGAUCAUUAUGACCAAUUCUCAUUAUGCAUUCAUGGCAUUUUUU